AUGUGCUUGGCGACGCAAAUAGGUUUUACAGGUGUUAAAUAUCGAAUCCCAUCUCAUCCAAGAGACUCAACUCUCCUCCAGCCAAGACUCUGCAAGAUCGAAAAUAAUAAGAUGCUCCACUGCAAACCACCCCAAGGCGGAAAGUUCGUCAUUGUUGGAUACCAUCCAGCAGGUCCAGGUGCCUUCCAGCCACAACAACCGCAACAAUGCGGACAUCCGGCCUUUCCAAUUCCGGUGGGCUACCAGCAUCCUCCAUUUCCUUAUCCUCCUCUUCCUGCUGGGGCAGUUCCUAUGCACUACAGACCCUUUUGGGCACCCAACACAGCUGCUCCUCGCGCAGCGCCUCAAACUACGGUUCCCGUAAAGGCGCCCGAGCCCAUUAUUCCUCAUGAUAAUGAUAUUCUCAUGGGACGUGGUGGCAAGAACAAUCUGCACAAAGGCAACGGACGGCUCCGGAAAAUGGCGCGAGACUUGCGACAAGCGUACAUCAAAUCUUCCAAGAAGGAUAAGAGUCAAAUGUCCAGAGACCUCGUCAAGAGAGUACAAGCCAUGACCCCUCCAGGCAGGUUCCUCAAACGCAACAAUACAUCCAAUGGUUGGGAAGUUGUCGAUGAAGAGUACGCACGAGAGAAAGCUUCCCAAUGUCUGCGAGAUGCCGUCACCUUCAAGGGAUUUCGUCCAUUCAACGAUGGAUCUACCAGCGGCAGUUCCACGGCGGAUGAAACCGAUAGCGCUCCCAGCAGCCAGUCCAGCACGCCACGAUCCGGAACUCCCGUGCCAAUGGAGGACGAACAACAACAAGAAAGCAGUAGUACCAGUAGCACCAACGUCAUCACACCGGAAGCCAAUCGACCUCCCACCACAGCAGCUCAGGGUGCCGAAGAUGCUCUAGAACUUCCUACGCUGAACAGCAGCAACAAGGACAAGCAGGAACACAAACCUGCAACAAUCGCCGCGGAGCAAACGGAGAGGCCCACCGGCAAGCUUCUCUUGGCGGCAGUCGAGCCACUGCUCGAAGUACUGAGGGAAGCAAGGAUCGAGGAGAAUCGAUCAGAGCCUCUCCUUUUCGCUGUGGACAUGCGACGACCAAGGUCUCGUCUGAGCGCACCCAACAACAAUACAUUCGUCCCGAUGGCCCCUCGAAAGGAAGAGGAAGACGAUGCCAUGUCGCUGCCAUCGGUAUCCGCUCAUUCGCAUCAUCACUCGGUGGUCGAAGAGGAUGGUGAUGCCUGGGAAUUUGGCCUGGAUCUCUGCGACGAAAAUGAUGAUGACGAGGUGGAGGAUCCAUUGCAGCCACUACCGUUGGACUACCAAGCAAGCCCCAAGAGGGCUCGGUUUGGCACAUGGGAUCACGAUGCGGUUGACGAAAACAGCAGCAGCACCAAUGCAUCAUCAGAACCCUGUUUCGCCAACAUCCCGCUAGCCAUGGACGUUGGGACCGGUGACGUCCUGAUGGCCACGGAGGAGGAUAGUCCUUUUGACAGUGACUUCUUUUAA